CUCUGUCGCCGCCUUGAAAUCAGAGGAGAGAGAAAGAAAGGGAGAAUUUCAAUUUCAAAAUAAUAAAGAAGGGGAAAAAAAGGGGGGAGAAAAAGGCGCUAAAAGAGAUUCUCUCCCUCCUUUCUCUCUCAUCGUCCGCCAUGAAUGGCGACGGGCUCUAGGAUGCGCCGGGACCGUCCUCCCUCUAUCGUGCGCCUAGGGUUAGGGUUUCUCUUCCGCUUUGUAUAGAAAUACCUUGUGCUCGGCUAUGGAGGCGAGGUUCUUGAGAGGUUUCGCCCUGUUGGUAUUCUUCGGUCGGUUGGCUCUAGCCGUUGGAGUCUCCGCCGAUACGGCUAGGGUUUCGGCCGUCGACUCCAUCCUGCCACCGCCGCCUCGAGAUUCGUGCUCGGCGACGGAAUCGGGGUCCGGUGGUUUUGAACCGGUUGGUGUGGUUGAGGGGGAUGAAGCUGCACUGCAGAGAGCAUUGAAUCUUGUGUACAAAAACAGGGAACAAUAUGUAGCCGUGCUCUUUCAUGCCUCUUGGUGCCCUUUCUCGAAAAUUUGCCGACCGAACUUUAACGUCAUGUCUUCCAUGUUUCCUACCAUCCGUCAUUUUGCAUUCGAAGAAUCAGUUGUCAGGCCAAGCAUCCUUUCACGGUAUGGUGUUCAUGGUUUCCCAACCCUCUUUCUCCUAAAUUCUACCAUGCGGGUGCGUUAUCAUGGCUCACGAACCAUCAGUUCUCUUGUUGCUUUCUAUAGUGAUGUCACAGGCACUAAACCUGCUUCGGUAGAGUCAUCAUCCAUGGAGAAAGCAUCAAAUUCGCUAAACCUCCCUGAAAUCAGAACAACCACAGAUCAGGAGAACUGCCCAUUCUCAUGGGCAAGAUCACCUGAGAAGUUGCUUCAACAAGAUACCUAUCUGGCACUGGCCAGCUUCUUUGUGCUACUAAGGUUACUUCAUCUCUUUAUUCCAAAGCUCAAUGCGUGCGUUGAAAGGGCUUGGAGGAGGCAAAUGCAAUAUGCCAGCUUUUUGAGCUUCUGGGAUCAUUUCCAAGCAAAUCUUCACGAAGCCAGGCAGGGGCUAAACAGGCUCAAUCCAUGUAAGAGGAGCAAUCUUCAAGAAGGGGCAAUGAAUGCAAAGGCAUGGGCGUCGAAGUCGUUGGCAACAGUAUCGAUUGGCGAACCGAGCACUUCAAGAGCACAAUCAGCAAUUUAAGGGUUAAAUAUUUACUCCCGUAACUACCUGUUGCCUUGUUUUGUAACAGUUGUCUGUAUAGAGAGAAGAAAAAAAAGUUUGUUAAACUUGUGAUGGGUUAGUGGCCAUAAUUAUUUUGCUGCAGACUCAUUUAGGAGAGGAGAUGAUUUUAGUAUUUCAACUAUUGCUUACCCUUUCAGUAAGCUCCUCUUUGUAAGCUGUUGUUGUAUUGUUCUGGUAUUUAUUAAUUUAAAUCAAUUGCCCUCCAUAGAAA